AGCUCCGGCGCAUGCGCAAAGGGGGAAGGACCUCGUGCUUGGCGUGUGACGUCGCCACCUACGUCCGGGCAGCCACGCCCCGGAAACGGAAACCAGAAGCCGAUACCUCUGGAGGAGAAAAAGGAUCGGGAAGAAAUGUCUCCCUACAGCAGCCCUCCCACAGGUCUCAUCGUGACUAGCCAGAAAAGCAGUUGAAGUCCCUCCCCCGGAGGCCGCCACUCUCAAGUCUUCACGAUGCAUCUCGUGCUCAGGAGCUGCGGUCGAUUGGGGGCCGGGUGGGCUUGCCGGGCAGCCCCCAGAUGCGGUCCUCGAGCACAGAGGGCCUUGCUGGGUUCCGCCCUUAUGCCAGCCUGCAACGCCACCAUUCACAUCCGUCUGUCUGAGCAAGCCAAGGACUAUGCCCUCCCCAACUCUAGCUGGAGCCAGGAGAUGAUGGCACAGUUCAACAAAUACACUGAGAUGUCCAAAGAUGGGAAGUGGAAAAGAUUGCCCUCAUACCGGGACGUCCUGGAUCAUAUGCCCUCGUACCAAGACCUUUUGGAUCAUAUGCCAGAAAAGAUGAGGCGAGAACACGUGAAGAUUAUGGACAAAGAAAGGAGGAUGUUCCUCCGGAGCUUCGACGAGGAAGGCCAGGGGUUCGAGUACGUGAUGUUCAUGAAUCCAACGGAGAAAAGGAUAGUCUGCGUGUUCCAGCCGGGCCCCUUCCUGGAAGGGCCUCCAGGGUUCACCCACGGGGGCUCCAUCGCGUCCAUCCUGGACAGCACCCUCGGGGGCUGCGCUAUUUCCCUCAUGGGCCGAGUGAUGACUGCAAACCUGAGCAUCAACUUCAAGAACCCCGUCCCUCUGGGCUCGGUCGUCCUGGCGGAGAGUAGACUCGACAAGGUAGAGGGGAAGAAAGUGUUCGUCUCCGGCCAGAUGCGGAGCAGCGAUGGGGAGACGCUUCACGCAGAAGCCACGGGACUGUUUAUCCAGCUGGUUCCACCGAAGGCUUCCCAGCCGCCAAAGGGCCCCAAGUAACCCCAGAGGGUCGUCACGAACAGAGAGGGACCAGGUUCUCCAUCAGCAUCUCUCUCCCCGCCAAAGUCCUUCCUGGUUUGAGCCUGCAUGCCAGGGCAAAGAGGACCCCUUGGAUCCCGACCAUCGGUGCCUUUUUUGCCAGCCUCGUUCCAGUUCACACUGGCAGGGAGCUGUUUUGUGUUAUCCAAAGCGAGCGUCCCUGGAGCUGCAUUUUUGGCACGCGACGUUCAUCCAGACGGGGUUUUCCCAGGAUGACUGCGAGGCCUCUCUCUGAUCCCCUAGGUUCUGCCUCUGUUUGCUUACUAGCUCUUUUGCUGGCUUUAGAGAGAGGGCUUCUUUUCCAGGAAGUUUUUCCCGGUCUUCUGGAGGAAUCCUCGUAUCUGGGAGAUAUUCCCUGGAAGUUAGGGUACCUCAAGCGUACAAAGACUUAUAUCCAUUUCGCUUCCGUCGGUGCAAGGAGCUUUCCCCUGCUGCGAGAAGGCUGUGGAAUAGUCAGGGGUGGAGAAGCUGCUGUUUGCAGAACAAAUUCACGCCUUCCGACCCGAGAAGCACUUUGGACCCAAACAGUAUUUUUGUUCAACCUUUUCUCCUGAUCUGGUUUCUUCUGGUGUGGGAUAAAAAGCCGACUUUGGCGCUCGAAGGACAAAUUUGCAUCGGCCUGCCGAGAAGAUGUCUAAAACGUAGAGUAAUAGAAGUGUUUUCCCUGUGUAACUUGGUUAAAGCCCCGUGCAUGGGAGUGUUAAGAUUUGAACGCAAGAGAUGAGAGUUUAAAAAGGCUUUGGAGGCAUACCUACCGUAUCAGAAAAACGUGUCCGCUGUUGUUAUUGUCACGCAAUGCUGGGUUAAAAUCAAUAAAAUGAAUCUUAACAGGGAUAAA